CUUUGGCCAAUUCGGCACUCACCGCAAAUCGAUUCACAUGUUCAUUGUGAUUAGAUGAAUUAUAGUCAAUUUAAAAUCAACCGAGUGUUAAGUUAGAUACCUUUUUUCAAUUAUAUAAUUAACAUUCAAGUGAAUUAAAACAAUUCGUGUUAUUAAGUGAAAAAUAAAUAAACAAACAAAUCGUGUUUAAAAAACAGUUAAAAUUUCAAAAAAUGCCAGCUACUUAUAAUUCUUUAAGUCCUGGGGAGAUGAGCAUAUCUGAUAAUGAAGUAGAUGGCACCGAUUACCUUUUAAGUAGCACCAUAAGAUUUGAAGAAAAUUUAUUUCAUGUACUCGAUUCUGAUAUGACGAUGGCUGGCAAUAAUUCGCUAGCCACAUCAUUGAGUAGCACCGGAUCAAAUGCAGGAGCUACUCUAAGUCAACAUUGUGCCAUUUGUGGUGAUAGAGCUACAGGGAAACAUUAUGGCGCGGCGUCUUGUGACGGUUGUAAAGGAUUCUUUAGAAGAUCUGUACGGAAAAACCAUUUAUAUACAUGCAGAUUCACCAGAAACUGUGUCGUUGAUAAAGAUAAAAGAAAUCAAUGUAGAUAUUGUAGGUUAAGAAAAUGUUUUAAAGCUGGAAUGAAAAAAGAAGCUGUACAAAACGAAAGAGAUCGAAUUAGUUGUCGAAGGCCGUCUUAUGAAGAAAAUUCCCAAACAAAUGGGUUAUCGGUCACUUCUUUAUUAAAUGCUGAAAUGUUAUCAAGACAAGUUGGUGCAGCUUUAGAGGGAUCUUCGCCUAUUAAUGAUUACGAUUUGAGUAACAAACAACUUGCCAACAUCAAUGAUGUGUGCGAAUCAAUGAAACAACAAUUAUUAAUUUUGGUUGAAUGGGCCAAAUACAUCCCUGCGUUUACGGAACUUCAAUUAGACGACCAAGUAGCUUUAUUGAGGGCGCACGCAGGUGAACAUCUCCUUUUAGGAUUAGCACGUCGAUCUAUGCAUCUUAAAGACAUUUUAUUGUUGGGGAAUAACUGUAUAAUUACAAAACAUUGUCCAGUAAUGGUAUUAUCAGACUCCAGAAUUUCACCGGAUUUGGACAUCUCCAGGGUCGGCAGCAGGAUUAUCGAUGAACUCGUUAAACCGAUGACGGAAGUUCAAGUUGACGAUACCGAGUUUGCCUGUCUUAAAGCGAUUGUAUUUUUCGAUCCAAAUGCCAAAGGACUUAGUGAACCCCACCGAAUCAAACUCCUUCGAUACCAAAUCCAAAUCAAUUUAGAAGACUACAUCAGCGAUCGACAAUAUGACAGCAGAGGGCGUUUUGGUGAACUUUUAUUAACACUUCCCGCUUUACAAUCAAUUACUUGGCAAAUGAUUGAACAAAUUCAGUUUGCUAAACUUUUUGGGGUCGCUCAUAUCGAUAGUUUACUUCAGGAGAUGCUUUUAGGAGGCGCAAUAGAAGCGCCGCCGCAAAUGGUUGCAGCGGCGAACAACAUCAGCAACAACAGUUACCAGAAUAACAAUACAAGCGACUCUUCUGAUAGUCCAAUAACGUCACCGAUUGCUUCUGGACAAUGUCAUAGUCCAUCGGAUCAAUUAAUUAACGGAAACGUUCUUAGUCCUCAACAAAAUGGUGGUGGAAAUACAACCAACGUUAUUAUUAUGAACGAUAUAACACCAAUCAAUGAAGAAAGUUAUCAUAUAUCAUUUAAAGAAGAACCUAAUACGGAUGUUGGAGAACAUUUUUGAUUGUUGGUUAUUUGUAAGUUUAAAAAAGUGCUUAAAGACCAAAAUCUAUUUAAAAAAAGAUUUAUUUUUUUGGUGGAUAUUACUGAUUGGUUUGGUUACGUUUUGAAGUUUGAUGAUCUCAUUCUUUUUAAGUUUACAAAGAUCAAAAAACUAUGAUUAUAAGGAAAAAAGACAAAAAGAUGGGAUUAAAAAACGCUCAAAAGAAUUUUUUAGAUGAAGACUGGAAUAGUUAUAAAAAAAUAUAUAUAAAUAUAUGUGAAAAGUAGAAAUACUGAACAAGUUACAGAACGGAAACAAUUUGCUCAAUAUCUAGUUGUUAUGUACAAAAAGAUACAAGUUAAAAAAAAAAAAUUGUUAUGUAAAAUACUUGCCUUAUCUUCUAUAAAAAAAAUUUUUCUUGUGACAUCUCG